AUGAUGAAAUGCAUUUGCUCCGGAGAGCAAUUAACAGUAGACGAAAUAAUUCCUUCAUCGGAGUCCCUGGCAACUCAGGAUUAUUCAGCCAGUGGGUAUUCUUCUCGACCAUGCGAGGCUGACCCUAAGUUGGAAACCAGCAAUAUAGAAGAGGCCGAAUCAUCACUUCGUGAAAGUGGAUUUUUGAAUUAUGAGAGUCUUUUGCUCCUGCUUGAUCCUGAAACAAAUGACUUCUUCAAAUACUACCAAUCCAGUUGUUUUCAAGGCACCGAAUGUUUCUCAAUUCAUUUCGGUAAAAAUGGAUGGUGGAAACUAUUUGAAUUGGACCUCUCAGUGUCUUCCUGCGUUGAGAAGCCAUGA